UAUGCUCUUGUGUACAUUAAGAAAUCGACAUGACGGAAAACGUGUUUUUGUUUGUCCCUAACAUUAUUGAUUACUUGCGAGUGAUCACAGCUUUUGUGUCCUUUUACUACAUGCCCUUUGACCCAUGGAGAGCCUCUUUCUGGUACUUACUCAGUGGCUUCCUUGAUGCUAUUGAUGGUCAUCUUGCACGGAUGCUGAACCAAUCUAGUAAGCUGGGGGCAUUGCUGGACCAGUUAAUUGACCGAUGUGCAACGAUGUGUCUGUGUGGGGCACUAUGCUACUUCUACCCUGAUUAUCUCAUGUUCUUCCAGUUCUACAUGGCACUGGACAUCACUAGUCACUGGUUCCAUCUUCAAAGCACACUGAUGAAGGGUGCCGGUAGCCACAAGGUUCUUGACCUGUCAGCAAACCCACUGUUGAGGCAUUACUAUCAUAACCGGAAAAUCCUGUUUGUGAUGUGCUCGGCUAAUGAACUGUUCUUCUGUAUGUUGUAUUUAACACACUUCUCUCCUGGACCCACAAUGGGAAUCAGCUUCCUCUCCAUGGGGUUGUGGCAGGUGAUUCUCUAUCUAACAGCACCACUAGCAGCUGUGAAGACCUUCAUCAGCAUGGUCCAGCUGUGGGCGGCCUGUAAAAAUAUUGCCGCCAUUGAUGUAGCAGACAGAGAAGCUGCCAGACAGAAGCAACAGUGAGGAAUCCGUCCUAGGUCUGUGACCCAGACAUAUGUAAAACGACACCAUUGUUUGAGUUUCAUGUCAAUGUUUUAUUGGAUUUGUCAGCAUUUUACCAAAUGUUCACUUCAUUCGGUAGUUUGCAAAGCAAUCCUCAUUGAAGAUGUGAAAGAAAUUCUUAGAAAUCCUUGAUGGCUUUGUAUGGAAGAUGACUAAAUUUUUGUAAGCUCUUAGAUAAAAUUGAACCAUGUCUUUGCCAUGGUUGUUUAGGUCAUUCUGGUUAGAUAACAAGGUUACCAAGACUCUUGUUUUCAUUCGUGAAUACAUUAGUUUUGAGGGUUGAUAGAUAAGUUGUUAUGAUGUUUAGGACUUUGUAAUUUGUAAUCCUUAAUCCUGGUUACCGAGACUCUGGCAUUUGGUCACUUCUAGUAAGGUUAUGUUUUUGAACAUAUAAAAUCAUGCUUUAGUCAAAUAAUUGUUCUGUUAAUGAUGUUGACUUUUUUGUUCUGUUAUUGGACAAGUUUUAUUAUAAAACAAAAUACAUAUUUUCAUUUAGACUUACAAGACAUAGCUUAUAUGUUAGGCUAAAUAUGUUUCUCUCUGAAAAUAUCUCUGGUUGUCAGU